UGGAGCCCGGGCGGGUGACGCGUUUUGCGCAUUUCCUGCAGUCCGCGCUCACUCACGGAUUCAGGAGAGAGGGGACGGGAAGCUGGGGGCGCGCGCAAAGACCGAAAGCAGAAAAAAAAAACCGUAACGGGAGCGGAGCACCGUCAGGUAUUUGGGGCGCCCCUGGGCCCUGGGACGACCGCGUCGGGGGGAGGCAGAGACCGAAGCCUCGCCGCUCCAGCGCGCAGAUAUCGCGGUAGCGUGAGGUCGGAGAGGAGAUUAUCCCGGAGAGGAGCGAGCCGCGGCGGGCUGGAAACCGAGCGCCAAUCCCGGAUGGCUAGGCGCGGCUGCUCGCGCUCUCUCCCACCCUGACCCGGGAGACACUCACGAGGCUUCACGUGAGCCGCGACCUGCGUCCAUCCCUGUCGGCCGUUCGUGUCCCGGGCCCGUUUCUGGCGCAGGGGAGCGACCGUAAACAAGGCGCGUGAACAGCGGGCGACCUCUGAAGGGUGUGAGUCGGCGUCGUUACGGCGGUCGAGACCCUCCGCCGCGCGGCCGGUGCGCGUGCAUCGCGGUGUUCCGCUAUGGCUAGAGUCGCCUGAGAGCCCCAGGAGCCAGCGGCAUUAUGGGAUGUAGCAGGACUGUGCAGUGACCCCGCUCAUUGGAAGGAAACACUGUACAGGAGCAGGAACAGGCAGAGGCGCCUAAACACACACUCAUCCUCUGUGCACACACACGCGCACGCACGCACGCACACGCACGCACACACAGCAGCCAUGCCCGUGUUCAGCGGCCUGCUGAAGGUGCGAGUGUGCGAGGCGGUGGACCUGAAGCCCACGCCGUGGGCCCUGCGUCACGCCGUGGGCAAGAGCGGCUCCUUCCUGCUCGACCCCUACCUGGCCCUCAACCUGGACCAGACCCGGCUGGGCCAGACCGCCACCAGGACCAAGACCAACAGCCCCGCCUGGCACCAGGAGUUCUGCACCGAGGUCCGCGAGGGCCGGAGCCUGGAGCUGUCGGUGUUCCACGACGCGCCCAUCGGGUACGACGACUUCGUGGCCAACUGCACCAUCCAGCUGGAGGACCUGCUGCAGAACGGAACCCGGCACUACGAGGACUGGAUUGACUUGGAACCGGAGGGGAAGGUGUACGUGGUCAUCGAUCUGUCCGGAUCCUCCACGGAGGCCUCCGGAGCCAACGACAAUGAGGAGCGGGUGUUCAGGGAGCGCAUCGGGCCCCGCCGGCGGCAGGGCGCCGUCCGGAGGCGCGUCCAUCAAGUCAACGGACACAAGUUCAUGGCCACCUACCUGAGGCAGCCGACCUACUGCUCCCACUGCCGGGACUUCAUCUGGGGCGUGCUGGGAAAGCAGGGAUACCAGUGUCAGGUGUGCACGUGUGUCGUCCACAAGCGCUGCCAUGAGCUGAUAAUCACCAAGUGUGCUGGGAUGAAGAAGCAGGAGGACACACCCGAGGAGGUGGGUUCACAGCGGUUCAGUGUUAACAUGCCCCAUAAGUUCAAUAUCCACAACUAUAAGGUCCCCACCUUCUGCGACCACUGCGGCUCCCUGCUGUGGGGCCUCAUGAGGCAGGGCCUGCAGUGCAAAGUAUGUAAGAUGAAUGUACACAGGCGGUGUGAGACUAAUGUAGCUCCUAACUGUGGCGUGGACGCCCGGGGGAUCGCUAAGGUCCUGUCUGACCUGGGAGUCACGCCGGACAAAAUCUCCAACACCGCACAGCGCAGGAGGAAGCUGACCCCGGGGCAGGACCCUCCCCAGUCUCCUCCAGAGCUCUCUCAGCCCGAGGAGAACAGCCUGAGCCGGGCAGCCGUCCCCGCCUCCCCGUCACAGCAGGACUUGGCCGAGCUGGACCGCCUGCAGGACGCGCUGUCGCUCGACCAGCAGGGGCCCCAGCAUUCGUCCACCUCCACCUCUUCCUCCUCCUCCACCACCUCCUCCUCGUCCUCCACCACGGCCGGCCGGGAGAACGGACAGGCCCCGAGGAGGAGCCUCAAGGACUUCAACUUCAUCAAGGUCCUCGGCAAAGGCAGCUUCGGCAAGGUGAUGCUGGCUGAGCUGAAGGGAACGGAGGAGGUUUACGCCGUCAAGGUGUUGAAGAAGGACGUGAUCCUGCAGGACGAUGACGUGGACUGCACCAUGACGGAGAAGCGCAUCCUGGCCCUGGCCCGCCGACACCCCUACCUCACCCAGCUCUACUGCUGCUUCCAGACACGGGACCGACUGUUCUUCGUGAUGGAGUACGUCAACGGAGGCGACCUGAUGUUCCAGAUUCAGCGGUCGAGGAAGUUCGACGAGCCUCGCUCGCGUUUCUACGCGGCCGAAGUCACCUCCGCCCUCAUGUUUUUGCAUCGUAAUGGAGUUAUUUAUAGGGAUCUUAAGCUGGACAACAUAUUGUUGGAUGCAGAGGGACACUGUAAGCUGGCCGACUUUGGCAUGUGCAAGGAGGGAAUCAUGAACGGAGUGACCACCACCACCUUCUGUGGGACGCCUGACUACAUCGCCCCUGAGAUCCUGCAGGAGCAGGAGUACGGCGCCUCCGUGGACUGGUGGGCCCUGGGGGUCCUGAUGUACGAGAUGAUGGCCGGGCAGCCGCCGUUCGAGGCGGACAACGAGGACGACUUGUUCGAGUCCAUUCUGCACGACGAUGUCCUGUACCCGGUGUGGCUCAGCAAAGAGGCCGUGUCUAUCCUCAGAGCGUUCAUGACCAAGAACCCGGCCAAGCGCCUGGGCUGCGUGGUGAGCCAGGGCUGCGAGGAGGCCAUCAAGACCCACGCCUUCUUCAGAGAGAUCGACUGGGUGCUGCUGGAGCAGAGGAAGGUCAAGCCGCCCUUUAAGCCCCGCAUUAAAACCAAGCGCGAUGUGAAUAACUUUGACCAGGACUUCACCAAGGAGGACCCGGUGCUGACGCCCACAGACGAGGCCAUCAUCCGACAGAUCAACCAGGACGAGUUCAAGGACUUCUCCUACUGCGCCCCCGAGGAGACACACACCUAACACACACACACACAAAACACUACGACACGCACAUAUGCACAAGCACCAACACUCACAAGCAGAAACCAUAAAUCCCUUUACACACACACACACACACACACACACACACACACACGCUCCUUUACUUCAAAGCUAUCGGUCGUUGUUACUUUUGGAAUAUUCCUUCUUUGCAUCGUGUCGUUCUCGUUGCCUGGGUUUAAUAUGAGUAUGAAUAUGAAUAUGGACACACACGCCUGCACAUGCUUUCACACACACGCCCCGCGUAUACAACUUUUAACGCACACUCACACCACAACCCAAGGUCCACGGCCUCUCAGACAGCUGCUUUCACACACACACACACACACACACACACACACACACACACACACACACACACACACACACACACACACACACACACACACCCCUCUGCCCAGCACCUGCACACACAUGGACUGUGGUGCUGGGUGUGGAGGCCUGUAUAUAGCCUGUGUUGAUCGGCUGUAUCGUGUUGGUGUCGUCUGCUAGUAAAGGAGAGUCGUGGCGCAUGGACAAGCACCCUUCCUGUUUUAUUACUGUCCUUAUCGUGGACCAGUUAGGGCCAAACACCCUUUGUGCAAUACCCUGACUAUCUAUGUGUGUAUUUUACAUUUUGCUUUGUUCAUGUGUCAUUUUGUCCUUUUUUUUCUCAAGAAGGUGUUUUUAUUUUUAGAGGGACGUGUUCUCUCGUUCUGUGUGUAUAAAGUGAAUGUUGACCUUACAAGUUACAGGCUAUUGAACUAAUUAUGUGGAGCAGAGCGUUACAGACGGCCUGUGUAGCAGUAAAAAGCCCAUUUUCCAGCUUUUUCUUCCAUCUGCUAGUUUCAGAGUCUGCGUCUGUCCUGCUGGUGUGAAUGUCCUGGCCUGUGGGCGUCUUUUUUUUCCCAGUGUGUGUGUGUGUGUGCGUGCGUGCGUGCAAAUGUGUGUGUUUUUUUCUUUUUCUCCUCGUUGGUGCGUGACUUUUUGUCUUCGGCAUUUCUGUUUCUAUAGUUACCAUCAGUGUUUUCACCCCCCCUCCUCUCCUCCAAAGCAUCAAUUCCCCUUUCUCACCUCUUGCAGCCAAAACCGUUUGCUUUUUUUCAUGAAUGGCUUUUUCUUUCUUAUUGCUCUCUCUCUCUUUUUUUGUAUUGUAAUUAUUAUUAUUAUUAUUAUUAUUAUUAUUAUUAUUGUAAAGUGUAUCUGGAGGAAAUCUUUGUGUAUAAUACUAUAAUAGUAUACGAUUAUGAUUCUGUUACAGCCAGGUGAAGAGAAACGUGGAGAGCCAGCAGCUGAAUUACCUCACACACACACACACACACACACACACACACACACACACACACACACACACACACACACACACACACACACACACACUCGUGAAACACUACAUACAGACGGUCCCUUUGUCUCCUCCCCCUUCUCCCCCACAAUAAACACACACACACACACACCUACACACAAGGACUGUUGCAGAUACUGUACAGUGAUCUGAGGGCGAGCUGAUUGCUCUGUGUGCAGUAGCGUCGGUGUGUAGUGAAGCUUUGUGCACCCAGGGGUAGGGCUGUUCCUGGUCACUCUUCUAUCUUACUCUGUGCCAAAAUGUAGUGCAACAGACAGGCUGCUCCUGUCUGGUCUGAUUCCAUUAAAACACUGAGCUGUCUACAUCA